AUGAACUUGCCGCGACUUUUCUGCUUAGUGCAGGUGCUGUCGCUGACCUCGGCCCUCAAGCACAGCGCGCGUGCCAACUCCAGCUCCGCCGAGCAGCGACCACCACGAGUCUACUUCCUCUUCCUGGCCGUUGACAAGAUCUCCAACCUGGACGUCUGGUCCUCCUUCUUCGACUCUGCAGAUUCCGACAAGUACCGCGCUUUCGUGCAUUGCAAAGAGAAGCAAUGCGUGCAGCAAAUGGCUGGCUCCCCCAUCGUGCCGGUGCCGACAGUGGCGAGCUACUACUGCACGGAUUUGGUCUCGCCGAUGAACCAGCUCUUGAGCUAUGCCUUGAGCACGGACCUUGGCCCUACAAAUGCGUUGGAUAAGUUUGCCUUCGUCUCGGAUUCGGCACUGCCGGCAAAGCCCUUCUCGGAGAUCUACCACACUCUGGGCCAGCGGGAUGGUUCGGACUUCUGCGUUUUCCCGCCAGGAGAGUGGGCAGACCUCCCGAACGCGGAUGGAGGGGGCCUCGAGGUGGCUGUCAAGGUGCACCAGUGGAUAACGCUUUCCCGUGCCCAUGCUGAGCGGGCAUCGGACAUGUGGCAGAAGGGCGUUAUGCACAACUUCAUGUCAUACUUCAAGAUGAACCAGCUCGGGUGGAACAACAUGCUGGACAACAACUUUGCCGACAACCGGAACUGGGGAUGUCUUGAUGAGUUCUGGUACGUGACUGCGCUGUACGGCACGCUGAAGAAGGUCCAUGCUGAAGGUGACCAGUCCAUUGAGCUUCCAGAGUUCACAGGGUCGCCUCUGCGGAUUGACAAAACGGCGGGCUGGCAGGGGAAGUGCGAUACCUUCGUGAUUUGGGCAAAGUACAUGAACAGCCUCGGCAGAAACGAGCAGCAGAAUUUGAUGUUGUCCUUGGAUCCGCCUUCAGUCCCUCACGGUGGCAACUGGGCUCGGCCCGGUUGGUGGGACACCAUCUCAACGAAAGGCAUCCAAGCCAUUAGGAACUCAGACUUCUUGUUUGUUCGUAAGUUCAUCGACAAGCCAGCCCUUCAUGAUGGCGGCGACUUUGUACACGAGGAUCGUGGUGCAAGAUAUCGCAGCCAGAAUCCUCCCCACAUUGCACAGAAGGUCUGGCACGUCUCACACUGCAGGUACGCUCCCAACGAAGACGGAAAGGGACAGAACGUCUUCAAGUGGAACUGUGGAAUUCCUGGACGGGCCAAAGGCCCCUGGGAGGGCGCCACCUAUGCCCUCACUAUGGAGUUCACAGAGGACUACCCAUCAAAGCCGCCCAAGUGCAAAUUUGCGCAUGUGCACGGCAAGCCGCUGUUCCACCCGAACGUUUACCCUUCCGGAACUGUUUGUCUUAGUAUCCUAAACGAGGACGAGGACUGGAAGCCAGCCAUCACGAUUCGGCAGAUCCUGCUAGGCAUUCAGGACCUCCUGGACAAUCCGAAUGCUGCGUCGCCAGCGCAGGAAGAGCCAUACCGGCUAUUUUCCACCGACAAGAACGAGAUUUUGAUCUAUGCCAGGCGGGUGAAGAAGCAAGUCUCGGAGGUGGCAGGGGGAUGGUGCAACCGCCUGAGGGCCAAGAAGGUGAACAUCUGGAAGUAUCAGUUCAUGGGCCCAGACAAGUGGCUUUGCAACCAUCCCUACCACGAGGUGAAGUUCACGAGGCCCUACUGGCUCACCAGGAGAGGCUUUCCGAACUUCCCCAGAUCGGAUCCGCAUCAAAUAGGCCCAAAGGGGGAGAAGUUCUUCGAUAUGUCGAGGUUGCACGCACAGGACCGCGAGCGGUUGGCCUCUGCAGAGCCCUGUCCGAGUGGCCCCUUGGGGGUCAGCCUCGCGUGUCUUCGCGACGAUGCCGACUGGCUCAAGGGACUGAGCCGCCAGAAGGAAAAAGCAUGCCGCUGUGCUGUGAGCGCCGCGAUUCUUGAGCCAGCAACAGUUGGCAGCGGAGCCCUGGUUCCGUAUGCACUUUGGGCCUCUGGGUGGGGAUAUGACUGGCAGUGGCCGCAGCAGUGGAACGGCCCCUGGAAUGAGCCAGGAGCUGACAUGAGCUACACCUACAUGACGAGCGAUGCUGCGGGCUCAUCUCAGCCACCGCCAGGAGGGAGACUGCUGGGGGAAUCAGCGAGUCUCCAUGGCCCAGAGACAGCGGCGGCGCCAGCGAGCGCCGACACCACUUCGGCAGCUUGUCAGAAUGACGACGAGGAAUCGGCUCUCUCUGGAGCGACCGGGCCAGAUCAUGCAGAGACCGCCCGUGGCGCGGCUCCAGGAGAAGCGAGGGACGUCCCUCUGGGGUGCCACCUGCGGCUGCUCUUCCACCUGGAGUGCCUUCUCUUCUACCUGAUUCAGGACUGUGCGGACCCCGAGGUGAGAGAUUGGGGUUCCAGUGGCGGCCCCGGGGGAUACAAGGGAGAGUACUCAGACCCUCCUUCGUGGCCGGGAUGGUCAUACCGACGUCAGUGGGUGACUUCCAUUCGACGGUGGAACAAGCAGACGGACAUCCCGGUGUUUCGUCGAGCCGAGAAAGUACUUCGGACUUUGGGCUGGGAGCUCCAGGUGGACUUCGAGCACCUCACCGAGACCCAGCUGGCCUCCGAGCACUACUUGGAAUACAUCCUGCAGAUCAUCGAGAUGAAGGCAGGAGUUCGUGAAGAUGAUGAGCGCCGUCAGGCGUACCGCAAGGUGAUGCACGAGGUCGGCCGGCGACGUGACGAGACUUUGGCUCAGUUUGCCAUGAGGCGCAGUCGGGACUUCACCCGUGCCGCCUCCUUUGGAGUCCAGCUGCCGAAUGAGUUCAAGGCGGCCAUGCUUCGAGAAGGCUCCGGAUUGACGGAGCAAGGCCUUCAGAACUUGACGGCACUGAUGCAAGGAAGAGAUCACGACAUCGAUCUCCUGACGGCUACUUUGGCACGAAUGGACGUUCGGGGCGACAAGAUCUCCGCCUUCAUGGAGCCCGGCGACGACGACGGGGCCCCCUCCUUCAUGGCCGGCCACUUGCAGGACGAGGACGGCCUUUCGGACGGCGACGAUGAGAUCCCGCCGGAGGUCCUCGAAGACGAGAGCGUGCUGGCCGAGCUCACGGAGAUGAACUUCUCGGAGGAGCAGGCGGCCUACAUCUUUGCCAUGGUCGAGAAUCGUCCACCCUUCAGGAAGAGAUCGUGGAAGGAGAACAAGAAGUUUAAGGCCGACAUGAAGAAGGACCGCGGCAGCUUCGUCAAGAGUGCUGGAGGAACGGCUCACGGUCCUCGUGGGCGUCUAACCAAGGAGCAGCUGAAGAAAAUCUCCAAGUGCAACACGUGCGGCAAGCGAGGGCAUUGGUCAGAGGACUGCCGUCAGGGCUCAUCUGUCGGAGCCAACGCGGCUACCUCCGCUCCGAAGCUGUCUGGGUUUUGCUAUCUUGGCGCAUCAGGAGCCUCCCACUACAGCUUCAUGGCGUGGAAGUCAGAGGACCAGAGCUUCCACGAGGCACCAUAUGAAGUUCCCUGCUGGACCUACUUGACGAUUCCCCCAGGGCUGGCAAUCCUCGACACCGGGGCGACUCAGGACAUCAUCGGGGAUCGUGCCUUGGCUGCCUUGGAGGACGAGCUCGCCGGCAAGGGACUGCGAGCGGUGGCGGUGCCAACCCCUUCUUCGGCGCCAACAGGGAUAGGAGGACAGGCGAAAGUCUUGAAGGCGGUCCUCAUUCCGAUCGCCUUUGGCGGCAUACCUGGGGUUGUGAAAUUCAUCGUCAUAGAAGGGCCCGUGCCUCCGCUCCUUUCGGUUGGUCUUCUAGCUCAUUUGGGCGUGAAGCUGGACUUGAAGGCCGAUGAGAUCCAGUUCGAGGCAUUGAAUGUAAGGAUGCCGAUGACUUUGUUGCCGUCGGGGCACCGUGCAGUCCCACUUGUACAGUGGGGUGGCGGUCACUUUGAUGUCCCCGAUACCGCGAAAGAGCAGUAUCAGCUUCCCAAGGACGCCUUCAUGAAGAGCUCAGUUUCGUCCGCGUACACAAACAAGGGUUCCAGUGUUGCUGUCGAGUUUGUCGAGCCAGAGAAUGUUGACAUGUCUAGCCGGAAGCAUGAGAAGCCUGUGAAACAUGUUCGAUUUCAGUUACCAGAGCCAGCUGCUGAUGCAUCUUACCAGUGCAACUCGGAGCGAGAACUUUCCCGAAAUUCGAAUUUCCCCGCGGCCGUGAUCAUGGAGAACUCGUCUCGCUCGACGAGCGGCGCGGGCAGCAAUCUUCCGGUGGAGCUCAUGACGAGGGUGUUUCAGAUGUGGGAGAUCAUCCGCCUGGGCUACCGCCGAUUGGCAGUGGCCGAAACCACUCAAAAGAGCGUCCUAUCGGAACGGCGAAAGUUUCUGACGGACGAUGCUCAGGAGCCCGGUCGCUGCUUGCAUCCGGGAAACCACAUCAAGAGAGCCAACCAGUGUGCCAGCUGGACGGUGUGUGCCAAGUGUUCGGCGAGAACGUCUUACACUCCAAAGAAUCCCCGGUCCAAGGCCAAAGCACGAGCUCGACGAGACAAUCCUCCGGACCUGGGGACGGCGUUCGUUCCUCCGUCGAGAUCUUCCUUGGCGACAUCCUCGACUACCCGAACGGCCACGGCAGCGGUCCCGGAGGCGGCGAUUCACCCCGAGCUGAAUGCAACGUUGCAGGCCAUGCUGUCGGGCUUUCGCGACGUGUCCAACUCCUUGAAGGAUCUAAAGUCAGAUGAUGUUGAUGAUGCAACGCGGGAUGCAAGCCGACGUCUCCAGUCUCUCCCUCGACCAGGUGCAGGGGCUCGUGAACAAGACGAUCGACGCGGAGAUGCAGGUGGACCAGGAGGACGACACCACGCCGACCAGCUGGGCACCAAUGGAGCAGGAGACAAAUCCCAACGAGUUCGACCUUCCAGCCGGUGGCCAGUGAAGAUGACGUGGUGUGCGGUGGCGACUCAGCUACUCUCCUGGGUGCAGCUGACUGAAGGUUUCCAGCACCAGGUUCGUCAACUCGGUGGAGACGAGCACUGCUGGAUGGUUGGAUGUAGAGAAGCUGGAGACUGGUCUCGACCCGAUUGGCCAACGGAGGUGCAGAAGCCGUGGGUUCGCAACUCUACGGAGAAGGUGCCGGAGAUGAAUGUUGUUCUGUGGCACCGCUUGCACGACGCUCGUGGGGCCCUUCUUUGUCAAGGCCCCGGUCCUCUUGGGACAUGGGAAAAAGGUGACCAGGUCGAGAUCUGGUAUUGUGAUCGGGCGCUGGCCUCCAUGCACCGCGCCCUCGAUGCCUCCUUCCUUCCCCGAGGAUUCGAUGAGCUUGCGAACCCUUCUGAGCAUGGACCUUUGUGGCUGGUUCGAGCUCCUCAGUUAGAUGAGUGGAAAGACUCUCCUGCGACAGUUUACGUUCCCCAGCAUAGUUACAACGAAGCUCGAGAAGCUCGCAGGGGGACCGUAACCCAGGUGCACAGCAAGCGCAGGAACCUUCGUCCAGGUCAGCUCGACUUUGUGGAGCUGUACCACGACACCGCCGCAACGCCUUUGUUGCAGCUUCAGGGCGCUCGGGUUCCUUCUCGGAGCUCCAGGUUCAACGAGUCUGCGGGCUGGGAUGUGACGAUGCAGCGGGACUUCGGCCUGGAGGCUAUGAAACAUCAGGCUCACGAGGGCAAGGUUUUCCUCGUGGAAGCCCCUCCGGAGCACAGCAUUUGGUAUGGACGGCGACUUGAAGACGUGUGCAAAGGCUCCGAGCUUCUGGUGGGAAGGAGCUCUGACGCUACCGAGAACUACGUGUUGCUUGGCCAAUUUACCUACGGCCGCUUCUCUGGGAUUACUCGUGCCACUCGAUCGCUGAUGCAGGUCACGAAUUACCUCAACAGCUUCAUGACCUUCCACGGUGCGAGCUCAGUGCGUUCCUCCUUGGUGGUCUCCAGCGGAAAUCGCCUCAAGUAUCACCAGGACGUCAAUAAUGUUGGAAUGAACCACAGCAUCGCCCUGGGCAAGUUCAAUGGAGGUAAGCUGUGGACCGAGGACGAGGACGGAGCCGAGACCCGGGAAGUUCGUCCUGGGAAAUUUGUCAAGGGCAAGCUCCGCACCCACCGCAAGCGAAUGGUGACUUUUGAUCCUCGGCGCUACCAUGGAGUGGAGGCCAGAGCUCGAGAGCUGAGUGCCUUCGGGUUCAAUCUGAUGGAGCAAACUUCUUUGAGCGGCUACACGAGCGCCUGCUCCCAAGCUCUAUUGGACACCUACCACGCUUGGGAGGCCACGGAUGCCUCCUAUCCCAUCAUGGACAAUGAAGAGGAGGACGUUGCCGAGGCAGUGGAUGAGUCGGAGGAUCACGACCUUCCUGCCGAUGCCCGGGAGGUCCUGUCGCAGUCCCAGAAAAACCUCGUCAAGAAGAUCCACGUCAACACGGGUCACCCGCCUCGAGAACGUCUACUUCGAACACUCAAGGCGGCAGGAGCGAAGGCCAGUGUGCUGAAGUAUGUGCGGGAUGAGUUUAGCUGUCAGGCAUGUGAAACCAGACAAGGUCCGGAUCAUCGACGAAAGGCUCAAUGCCCCCGCACGUUUUCGUUCAACAAGGUGCUCUCCGUCGAUGUGUUCUACUUCCAGUUCCGCGACCAGAACGUCCCGGUGCUCAACAUGGUGUGUCACGGGACGGGCUAUCACGUGGCCCAGAGGAUCGAAAGUGGCCCCGGUACUCCUACUGCAAAUGCUACUUGGAGGGCGCUUGUUAACUCAUGGAUCAAGUAUCUGGGAUCUCCGCAAAUGAUCAUUACCGACGGAGGGAAUGAGUUUCGCUCUAUGUUCGAACGAGGCCUGGAGCAACAGGGCAUUCUACAUCACGUUACGGCCCCAGAGAGUCCGUGGCAGAACUCUCGAGCAGAGAGGCACGGAGGCUGGCUGAAGCGGAAGCUGAAGCAGGAAGUGGACGCUGGACAGCUGACUCUCAGCUCGUUUGACGAACUCGACGACUUCAUGUCUCAACUCUUGGCCGCAAAGAACAGAUGGUUCAAUGCCGGUGGCUACACACCGGUACAAUUGGUGUUUGGGGAGUUGCCCCGAAUCCCAAGCGAGCUCCUGUCCGAUGAUGCUGGAGGUUUGGUGCCGUUGUCGGAUGCCUAUCGCGACCCAGGAGGCCUCGACGAAGCAGGUGCGGAAUUCCGCCGGCGAAACGAGAUCAGAGAGAAAGCCAAACAGGCUGCUUUGGAAGCCACGAGCAAGGAGGUGAUCCGCCGCGCUACCCGCUCUUCUUCGGUGCCAUCUCGUUUGUGGAGCCCGGGUCAAUGGGUCUAUUGCUUUCGGCGAGGCAAGGCAGGGGACACUUUGCAUCCCACACCCCGAUGGGUUGGGCCGGGACUGGUGGUUCUCAACACGAGGUCUGUGGUCUGGGUAGCGAUGAGGACUCGACUUUGGCGUUGCUCUCCCGAACAACUUCGCCCGGCCUUUCCUUCGGAAGUGCUAGGUCGAGAACUUGCUUCGGAUCCAGGUUUGGGAGCGCUCCUUCGUCAAGUCGUUUCUGGAGGACACGCGGGAGCUGUGGACGUCAGCAAAGAAUUCCCCCCUUGGAGGAAGAGAACUUGCGCCACAUUGAGCGCGAUCAAGAAGGAAUUCCUAUUGCAGAAGGAGCUCCUCUACGACACGAUGCUGAAGCUACACCAGCCCCUGUUCACGAACCUCCAGUUCCUGCAGGCUUGCUUCCAGCUGCUCACGUACCUCCUCCUUCUCCAGCAGUUUUACCUCCCAGACAAGCCACUGAAUCAGUGCACGAGGGUUCAAGGAGAUCUUCUCUUCAAGAGCCAGCGCAGGAGCCGGAAGUGCACGAGUCCCCCGGAGAGGGCAGCACGAAACUUCGGCUACAGGCUCUUCCCAGAGACCGAGUGCCGCAAUCCUGCACAGCCACGCCUCCCAUUCCACCAUGUCGCUUUGCUCGAAGAGCUUUCUCUCCUCGAGGGAGAGAUCUUUGAGAUUGAUCUCAUCGGAGUGCUGUACGGCAAGGAGGCGGCUGAGGCCAGGCGGCGCUUCCCCGAGCGAGUUCUCAACUCGAGGAUUGUCAGGAGAAAGAAGCCCCAGCCCGGAACAGGCAACUGGAAACCGAAAUCCAGGUGGUGCAUAGCUGGGCACGGCGAUCCUGACACGGCCGAGUUGUCCACAUUCUCGCCUACGCCAGCCACUGAGAGCAUUAUGGCCUUUCUUCAGACCGGUUUGAACUUGGGACAUCACUUUUCAUUCACGGACGUCAAAAACGCCUUUUGCCAGUCCGACAGGUUGAAGCGUCCCAGAGGGCCAAUUUUCGCCGAACGUUGUGAGGGAUUACAGCUGGAGCCCGGCGCGCUGAUCUCCAUAGAAGUGCCAGUUUAUGGGCUGGACGAUGCUCCAGCUGCCCGGCGCAAUACCGUGACCAAGUUUCUCCUGGAGAAGGGGCAGGACAACAAAAGCCGAGCUCAAGUGCUGAUUGAGGUGGACGACUUCAUUAUCAGCUGCGAUCCCAAGGUGAAGGACGACUUGCGGGCCAGCUUCGAAGCAAGGUUUAAAUUUGGCAAGUGGGAGAACCACGAGGCUGAGUAUGCUGGGAGAAUGGUCAAGGUGAUGUCUGACCGCAUCCUCAUUCACCAGGAGAAGUAUAUCACCGAGCAGAUUGUACCAGUUCCUCUGCAGAAAGGCCGUCGAUCCCAGAAGGAUGCCUCGCUGGGAAAGGAGGAGUUUGAGAACUUCCGAAGCGCCAUCUACAAGGAGACCAGGCCAGAAGUUUGCGGUACUGCCUCACUCAUGGCGAGCAAGCUCAAGGAUGCCACCAUCGAGGACGUCCUGGUGCUGAACAAGAACAUCAAUUUCCUGCGCACCACCGCCAGCAGGCCCUUGACCAUCUGGAAGCACGAUCCUCUCGACAUGGCCUUCUUAGCUGUGUCCGACGCCGGAGGGACAGGCUCCAAGUUCGACACCAUCGAUGAGGACGGCCUCCCUUCUGACAACACUCAGGGAGCCUGGAUGGUGCUAACAGCCAGUUCAUUGCCUGUCGGGAACCAGCGAGUGAAGGCCUCUCCACUGUCCUGGAGGUCAAGCAAGCUACGUCGCAAGGUAUUCUCCACAUUUGGUGGCGAGACCCAGGCGAUGCUUCAGGCUCUGAACGAGGUGGACUGGCUGCAGAUCAUGAUCCGAGAUGCUGCUCAGCACGACGUAUCUUUGAAGCAGUGGCGUAACUCGCUGUCGCCCCACAUGCUGAUCAUGAGAGGCGAUGUGGAGCUGCUAAAGUUGCUAAAGCAGCCCCAGUGUGCUGUGACGGACGCUAAAUCACUGUUUGACUGCAUCAUGAAGGAGCACCCCCAGGGGAAACAAGACAGAAAGUCGGCGCUGGAGCUAGCCAUUAUAGUGAAAGACUUGCAGGACUCUUGCUCGAUGGUGCGCUGGGUGCCGCAUCAAAAAAUGCUGGUCGAUGCCCUGACCAAGGCGGACCCCAUGAAGGCAAAUGGUGCGAUGGACCAGUUUCUCCGAACGGGGACAUUGAGCUUAGUCGACAUGUCUGAAGAGCUAAAAUGUAGAGCACAAGACGCAAAGUACAGAAAUCGCAGCCACGCUGCUUCAGUUGCUCGUCUGGUCAACGAGUACCAGAAGGAUGCUGAGACAUUCUUGUGUCUUCGCGACGAUGCCGACUGGCUCAAGGGACUGAGCCGCUAG